CUCUGCAAGUCUGCAAGUAUGUUUCAGGAGGCACUGGGAACUGUGGAACCUCAUAUUCAGGUGUCCUCUGUAGCAUCUGCUUCUAAUGCAGCAGCAAUCUCAAUGGCAUCAGCAGCUGCCUUCCACCAGGAUUCAAGCAGCGAGACAAGCUCCUUGGAAAAUAAAGAAAGAAAAUGGAUGAGCCAGUAUGUCGAACAGCACAGUGUUAAUGCUAAGCAUAAAGAAAUGUCACCUUACUGCCUGCUCACUGUAAGAAUCAUAAAGAUGAGAAAUGCUUAUCGGGAAGAUUUUUUAAGUCAACCUGAUUGCUACGUGAGCCUCUGGUUGCCAACUGCUUCGGACCAAAAGUUCCAGACCAAAGCUAUCAAAAACUGCACAAAUCCAGUGUGGAAUGAAACUUUCUUUUUCUGGAUACAGAGACAAGUCAAGAACAUCCUGGAAAUAACUGUUUCUGAUAACGAUGUUAUUCAUGAUGACAAGCAUGCAAUUGUUCUUUUCGAUCUAGCUAAAAUCUCCCCUGGGGAAAGAGUAUUUAUGACAUUUCCACUAAAUCCACAGGGGAAGGAGGAGCUAGAAGUUGAGUUUGCAUUGGAGAGCAUCCAGGGUCCUCCUGAAACCAUCAUCACAAAUGGAGCAAUAGUGUGUCGUGAACUAGCCUGCUUGGAAGUUCAGUUGGAUAGAAGGAAUAAAAAGAAGCACUGUGCAGAGAGAGAGCUAACGUUUACAGUGAGAGGAUCCUUUGAAGAAACCCAGAGAGUUUCACUGGGCUGUGACUCCUGCUCCCCUCUCGCAGAUCCCACUUUCUUCCACUAUGCCAAAUACAAACAACCCUCACUGGAUGUUGCAUUCACAAAGAAGAGGAGGCUUGCCAGCUUUUGUGCUUGUAUGUCAUGUGGAGCAAGAAGGAGUAGAAAUGUCCUGUUGUCUCUUCCUCUGAAGUCACUCCCCUCUGAGCAGGAAGUAGUCGGUGAGCACAGAAAAUUUGACUUGCGCUUUAAAGUGAAAAAAUGGUCGCGUUCUGUACCUGUAGAAUACCACAGAAGUAGUUGCAGAAGCCAGGAAGACCUAGACGUGCGCCUGGGGUUUGACCUGUGUGCCCAGGAGCAGGAUUUCAUUUGUAAGAGGAAGAAGGUGGUUGCAACUGCUCUGAAGGAUGUCCUCCAGUUGGAGGAGGACUUGCAGGAGGAUGAGGUACCUGUGGUGGCAAUCAUGACCACGGGUGGUGGAACCAGAGCUUUGACGGCCAUGUACGCUCACCUUCUAAGUGUCCAGAAACUGAAUGUCUUGGACUGUGUCUCAUACAUCACUGGUUUAUCUGGCACAACAUGGACCAUGUCAAAUUUGUAUGAAGAUCCUAACUGGUCCCAAAAAGAUCUUGAGGAAACACUCAAGGAUGUCCGAAAGCACGUGCUCAAAAAUAAGUUCUUUACUUGUUUUGCACCGGAUCGUCUAAAAUACUAUUUAAGAGAGUUGUGCCAGAGGAAGCAGGAUGGACACCAGAUAUGUUUCACAGAUCUGUGGGGACUCAUCAUUGAAACUAUGUUCAAUGAUAAGGAAAACUCCCAUAAGCUCACAGAUCAGCAGCAGGCACUAAAUCAGGGUCAGAAUCCCCUGCCCAUCUACCUCUCUCUCAAUGUGAAGGACAAAAUCAGCGACCAGGAUUUUAGAGAAUGGGUGGAAUUCACUCCUUACGAGGUAGGAUUCCUAAAAUAUGGAGCCUUCAUCCGUGCUGAAGAUUUUGGUAGUGAGUUCUUCAUGGGUCGCCUGAUGAAGAAAAUACCAGAAUCCAGAAUCUGCUUCUUGGAAGGGAUCUGGAGCAGUGUGUUUUCCUUGAAUCUUAUGGAUGCUUGGUUCAUAUCUGUUCAUUCAGAAGACUUCUGGCACAGAUGGACUCGAGAUAAAAUUACCGACAUAGAUGAUGAAACUGUAUUUACUACAAGGCCAAAUGAACUAGAUACUCGAGUGGUUUCUCCCCCUGAUAGCUUCUCAAACAUUUUCCGAGACGUUGUCAUGUUACGUCCAGCAGCUUCAGAAAUCCACAACUUCCUAAAGGGCUUCCAGAUGAACACCAACUACCUAGAGAGUGAAUUUUCUAAAUGGAAAGACUGUGAGCUUGACUCCCAGCCCAACCACCUGACAGGAGCAACAGACUCCCUCAUUCUGAUUGAUACAGCAUUUGCCUUUGCUACCAGUUACCCACCACUUAUGAGAACAGAAAGGAAAGUGGAUGUGGUUUUGCAUUUCAACUACAGUUCAGGUUCACAAACAGGGCCUCUGAGAGAAGCCUCUAAAUACUUUGCAGAACAAGGAAUUCCUUUCCCUAAAAAUGUGCCAGAUGAACUGGAAACAUCAAAUCUGAAGGAAUGUUAUAUUGUUGGGGACAAGGAAAGCCCAGAAACGCCUAUUGUGGUAUUUUUCCCUCUAGUAAAUGACACCUUCAGGGACUACAAAGCACCUGGCGUGAAACGUAGUCCCUCAGAGAUGGCAGAAGGUGAUGUUGAUGUUGCCAAUACCUGUGGCCCGUAUUACAUAAAUAAUCUGAGUUAUUCGGAGGAAAAUUUCGACAAAUUGGUGAAACUAAGUUACUACAAUGUCCAGAAUAACAAAGACUUGAUUCUUCAGGCCUUGCGCACAGCAGUGGAGAGGAAAAAGAAGCAUAAGAAAGAGCCACCACUGCAAAAAUCACCCAGUGGUGAUGGCUUGUGUGUCCCCAGUGGAGGGGGAUCCCAGCAUUCUGCUGACUGCCUAGCACUAGGAAGUAUAAAAUAAAAUAUCUGAGUCCUAUUCACAAAGAAAAAAGGAACUUGAUUAAAGAAUGAAGAAAAGCCAAAGAACGCUAAGAAGAGUACUCUGUCACCAAAAAUUCAAAAGCCCAUCUGUCAGUGAAGGGAAUAAACACAAAAAACAAAGCUCUUCCUUAAUGAAUUAAUGUGCUUCCCUUGUUGAAAGCCUCAGGAGUGUGGCCAGGUCAGGCUGUGCUACGCUUUUGCUCGCAGAAGUGACCUUUCAGGCCAAGGCUGAAAUAUGUGGACAAGGAAAUGCGAGGAAGUUGAUGUUGACAGUAUUUGUGUUCUACCUGUUCUAUAAAAAGAGAGGAUUGUAAGUCCAGAAAUGCAACAGAAAACCAAAUCUGCUGUUUCUAAAACAGCAACAAGAAGCCAAUUUGUGAACUAAGGAGUCUUCAUGUGAAUGUAAAUAAAUAUUAAACUUGAUGUAAUAAAACACUUUUUGGUGUCUGAACUACAGCAAAUAAAUGUUUUUUGGAGGUAAAAUGUUGCAGCAAUUUAUUUUAGGAGCUUCUUCCUCUACAAGCAGAAUUAUUAAAGACAACAUGCAGACUGCCUUCAUAGCUGCUGAAAAAAUACUGAAGAAGAAAUGAUGCUUGCUCCAGACCUAGUUGUGAACUAUCUCAGGAUCCUGGGACAGUUUGAGUUUCAGAUUUCAUUUAAGGCCUAUCUCUCCAAGAACUGACUCACACUAAUUUCAUUAAACUGGAUUUAAAUGUUACUGGUACAUACUGAAGGCUUGAGACUUAAAAUCUUUUGAGACUAUUACAUUUUAUAAACACAUAAACAACAUAGGCAAAGUAGAUCUAAAAUUCUAUUUCUAAUACCACUCACCCAAACUAUGAUAUCUUCCUCAUUUUUAACUUGCUGUAGAGUACUCCAGCUAAAAUUAAUAGAACAUUCACCUUCAACUUUCUGACACUUUGUUCAUCACAUCAUCAUGAAAACGGUUCCUUUCGUAUAAGCAUUCAAUUGUCACGACGGAGAUAUAGCACGUUUAAUGGCGGUUGGAUAACUACCUGGAACCUCAGCUGAAUUCUUCAAAAUGCUGAGCACUGCCUGAGUGAAUCCAAGUUCUAGGGAGAAUCAGGCUUUCAUGGAGUGUAAAGAGUGACAUUCUUCUGUGUGGACAGAGUUUGAGAAUUGGAAGAAAUCUGCAAA